UGAUGGCGACGGAUAUUGAUGUUGAUUGGAUCAGUUACCAUCAGAGUGUUGUCGAUGUGAUCGGUUCAUCUUCCGUGGCCACCACUCCAUCUGAGGUAGUAGACGGUUAUCUGGAGUGGUAUUAUCGUGUUUCCCAUCCACGGUUGGUCCCUCCCCAUCGUGACGCUCCUAGAGAGGUACCCGUUCCUGUAUAUGACGCCGGGCCAUCUGAUCCUGAUUGGGCUCGUGUAUCUACAUUGAUUCGUCGCUAUCUGAGACAGGUUAAUGCUGAAGAGGAAGAUCCACAGUUUUCUGAUUUAUUUGAAGCUUUGCAUAUUUCUCGUUCACAUUGAUUAUAUGUAUUAAGCUUUGAAUAUAAUAGACAUAAUAAUAUAGAUUUCAUGUUUUGAUUA